CCAAUAUUCCGCUAUCCAACAAUCUCCUCGAUUAGCUACGUCUACCCCUUCCUCCACCAUAUCUUGAAGUGAUAUAUUCUCAAUCCUCUACCCCUCUAUUACGAACGAGUCAACAGGGGCCAACUGUAUGAGUAUUCCCCUCCUCUACACAUAUUCUCACAAUGACGACCCGCAAACCCCGACGAACGAACAAUGGCAAUGGCAACAAUCAUCGUCACAACCACCAUGGCACGCAACCCUCCGACUAUGAGUCCGAUUAUCCAAACUACUUCUCCGACACGCAACAACAGCAAGAACAGCACGUGCCUCCCCCGCCGUUACGCUCCAACGAGGAGCUGAACCUCUCCGUACUCCGCCGCCAUAAUCCGUCUGUGAACUCGAUUCUGUCUCUCGCUCCAUACGCAGUGGUUUACUUGUUCAACCCGACGUCCCGACAGUGGGAAAAAAGCGGUGUGGAGGGGUCACUGUUUGUCUGUCAACUAUCUCAAGGAAGUCUAGGCGAGGAACGAUACAGCGUUUUCGUGUUGAACCGACGCGGCCUCAACAACUUCGAUAUUCUGUUGACGGACGGGGACAAUGUGGAGCUUACGGAAGAAUAUGUCAUCAUCAAAUCCGACUACGACCUGGAUACAGACCAAGGGAUUCCCAAUAAUAGUGACUACAGUGGUGCCCAGAAGAAUGCAAACCCCGCCGACGUCCGUAUCUACGGCCUCUGGAUCUACUCCGAGCCACCGCCAAACUCGACUGCGGAAACACGCACAAUCAACGCUCACAUGAUCCGGGAAUGCGCCGUUCACGCGGGCCAUAGUCUGAAGAUCGCCCGUGAGCGACUAGAAGCGACGCGUCAGAACGGCCUUCAUGUUGCUACCGCCGCCGCUGAGGCUGGCUCCAUGGAUGAAAUGCACUCGAGUGUUCCUAUGGGCCGUCAGAUCUCCUUGAAGGACCUUUUUGGCGAACAGAGAGCACAGGACGAUGAAUGGAGUGUCAAGGCACACAAUUUUGGUCAACCGCAAUGGCAGCAAACACCGAUGGAGACGCCGGCGGCGGAACCGCAACCUCGACAGGAUGUUCUAGGGGAUUUGUUCAGAAGAGCAGGACUAGCCUACCAGGGAAACUCUUAGGCCUCACGUCGCAAAUCUGCCAGAGGAAUAGAGUUUGUUUAUAGAGAUACCCAAAUGUCUUUACGGUUCGCUUUAGUGAGAAUUGUGACAGAGGCCUAACUGGAGUAUCUCUGGCCUCUGUUCAUUCCGUCAUCCCAAACCUCACGGCAUGCAAUAUUAUUUUGUAUGGGUACGUACGUGCAGCGAACCUUUCCUUAAGGACCGCACGGCACGAAGCCAUGGUGCUGGAGAUGAUAAUCCCUGAUA